UGAAUAUUUUAUGUCAGUAAGACUAAAGACUUUGGAGCGUGACAUUGUAUUCCGAGUUUUAUUUACAAAAUGUCUUUUUUUAUUGUUGCAACUCUGUUGCUCUCGAUAAAUUAUUGUUUGGGCGAUGUUUCUCAUAUUGGUUUAGAAUCAGAGUAUCAAGAUAAAACUACUACCAUUCCGCCACCUCCGGUUCCGUACAGUUUUAAUUACAAAGCUGGAAGAUACCCAGGACAUGUUGAUCGUUUUAGAACUGAAUCUGGUGAUGGCGCUGGUGUAGUACACGGUACUUACUCUUACAUCGAUCCUAAAUUCAAAAUAAGAACUGUUGAUUACACUGCUGACAAAAAUGGCUUCCACCCGAUUCUUAAAAACUUCGAAGACGUCCAGGCGCAGCCGCAAGACUCAGAAGCUGUGAAGUUAGAAAAGGAAAAGCACUAUCGUUUGUAUGAAAAAAUUGCUAACCGCAAUGCGAAUCCUCCUGGUUUAAAUGACAAUCUUCCUCGAGAGACUGUCAGCGUUGCAAGAGCUAAAAACCGACAUUUUGAACUCUUCAACAAAAUAGCUGCCGAGCAUGAAGCUAUCGCUCAUCAACGCGAAGCAGAGCGACUAACUUUCGAAGCAACUUCUGUUCCCAAUAACGUCGAAGCGAUUAAUUAUUACUGAAUUAUUUUAUAACUAUAAUUAGAUUGAAUUAUUUAAAAUUAGCUUGAUGUAUAAGUGAUGAAUUUUGUGGCACUCAAUUUAAAAGCAGCCUCAAUGAUUAUGAUCAAUGAUCAUUAAUUUAAAAGCAGAAUGAUAGUUUUAAAUAAUAAUUCGUAACAAUUGAUAAAAUUUAUUUAAAUUUCUAUUUUAAUAAACUUGCUGACAAUUUAUAUAAAUUUAACGAUAUAAUAACAGGAAGUAUAUGAUUAUCAAAUAUGAACUAUUAUCUAUGAUCUUCUUAAUAAAAUUUUAUUUUACAAUCUUCAAGAU